AAGACACCAUGUUCAUGGCGUAUCUCUUUAAUAUAUUCAACACUCUUCAGAUGAGAAAUUUAUAAAUUUGUGGAACGUUUUCUUUUUCUAGGGUAAAAUGGAAACUACCCAUCGUGAUAUAAUACUGGAAAUGCAAAAAUUAAAAAAAUAUAUGAGGGUGUGCUCUGCAGAGGAGUUCGUUAAUUUGAAGUUGGCUGGAAAAAAAGCGAGUAAGCUCCAAGCAUAUUAUGAACAACUCUAAACUAACUAAAUGUACCCUACUUAUUGAAUGUAUGAAAAUUAACAUUGAGAUUUUAAAACUUGUUUCACAGGGAUUAUUGAUAUUUUUAUUCCAUUGCAUUGGGGAUGAAAAGGUAAGAAACAAUAGGUGAAUAUUUCGAUGCUUUGUUGUUUUGUUGAUCCGUGCCCUGAUGCAUGUACAAGCAACAAAGCAGGUUGUUUUCAGUUUUUUAAUCUAUUCGAUAAACGUGAAUAUUUUUUCUUGUGCUUUAACAGAGUUUACUUCUACCAAUAAAGCCAAUAGCCCACGUUCGAUAUAUUAAAAUUUUAACAUGACUCCGAGGCUUAGGGGAAAAAUAUGCAAAUUUUUCACAAUUUCAUUGUCUCACAAUUCCCAGAAGAGACUUGAGCACAAAGAAAACCAAACCAAAUGUAGAAAGAUGAUCAGAAAGCCUCAGAGUCAUGUUCACAUUUUAAUGCAUCGAACGUUUGUAGCGGAACGCUCUCGCGUGUGCGCAGCGGAGCACUGUGGGUAAGAAAAAAUGGUAACCUAUGGAUCCGAGAACUUUUGGUUAUCACGUGACCGUCGUCUGCCGUCCGUCCUUGCGUCCGUCCGUACGUACUUAUGUACAUACGUCCGUCCACCACCCACAAAUAAGCCGAUGUCAAAUGUCACGUUCACACUCGCACGGCGAACCGAACUUUUAGAGAGAGAAAAAAGCAACAAAGCCGAUUUUUUUUGUCCACUAAAUUUUGAUGUCUACACUGAGACGUAUAACAGAGAAAGAGCUACAGCGAGACAUAAAAAGCAGAAGAAAGGAAUUUUGAUGGAAGAACCACAUGACAUUUUUGUAGCUGCGGUAAGAAAUUGAGAAAUGCGAGCGGCAGUGAAAAAGAAAAAAAAAAGGUCAGAGACACAAGCAACAAACUGUUUUGUGAUCAAUUACGGCAUUUCCUUCAUAACACGUGUAAUUAGGAAGUUUUACGUUUUAGGCCCUGUCCACACUAAUUCGUUUUCGUUGUCAUCGAAAACGCAUCCAUCAAUUCGCGUCCCCACUACCGUUUUGAUUCGUUUGCGACCGUCCACACAAAAACGUUCGAAAACGGUAGAAUCGCACGUUGUGACGUAUUUUGGGUCGGAAACGCAUUUUGAUGCGUUUUCGACCCAUUUUGUCCGCACUUAUACGAUAUGUAUACGUUUUCGUACGAGCAUUAGUGUGGACCGGGCCUUAAGCCUGUUUUCAUCGAACACGUGUGGACGGAAACUCUAUUCGUCGAGAAAAAUUUGCGUUUUCAUAUGAAAACGCAUUUUUUCUCGACGAAAAGAGUUUCCGUCCACACGUGUUCGAUAAAAACGAUCAAUGAAAACGGAAAUUUUCGAAAACGCUCUCCAGAGUGGAACUUUUUGAAAACGGAACUUUUCGAAAACGCUGACGACACACUAUCAGUUCCAAUUCACUCCGCCCAUUAUUAGGAACUUAUUAAAGAUGGUGGACGGGCGCUCCCCUUUCUUGUCGUUUAUACUUGGGCUUAUUUCUAACCUUAUUGCUUAGUUUUCAAGCAAAUUUAGUUUUUUUAAUUCCUCAAGCUGAUUAUUCCAGGAGGCGGCAGAACAUUAUCACGUUACUUUCGCUACCGGUGUCAAGAGGCAGAAGGUUGGAUCUCCCUUUAGUUUGACAUUGUUUUCGCCCUGAUUUUGACAUUUUAAACUGUUUCUGCAACUAUGAAGAACGUCACAACAAAAAAAACCCACACCAAAGAAUCUCAAAGAUGGCGCCAACUUAUUAUUUCGCCGGCUCAUAAUAGCGAACACGUAUGCGUCAAGUAUGCGUAGUCGGGUAAGUUAUCGUUUUCAAAUCGAUUCAUCGUAUACGUGUGGACGGGCGAAAACGAUGCGAAAACGCUACGAUUGGACGCGAAUUUUUUUGAAAACAGGGGGAAAAAGUUUCGUUUUCAAACGAAUACGGAUACGUGUGGACAGAGCCUUAGUCGGUGCAAUACAGCGACAAAGAAAUGUACAAAAGAAGUGUGCUACACGUGCAAAGUUCGUUUUUUUUGCUAUUUAGACUUAUUAAUUUUUUUGUCGUUCUUGUUGCCGUCGCGGUUCAGCAUUACACGAUUUUAUUUUUUGUUUACGUAGAAAGCUUCGCGUUUAGCCCCGGUAUAUAUUACGAAAACCUCUUCUUCUUUAUAGGUGCGUGCAGAGUACUUACGGUCUCUCCGCUGUCAAACGCGAGCGAUGGCUUACGGUGUGGCUCGGCCAUGGUGGAGCAAGUCUGAUUCAAUAAGCCGCUCAAAGGCGUCGGAUAAAAUGCGAAGAAGAACUUUACAAUCAAAUGUGGAGUUACCAAAGGUAUUUUACUAGUUUUGCCUCAAAACUUCGUAGUAAGUAGCUUCGACGCGGACUGACUGCGAUUGGAACCCCAUGCAUCCGCUGCAUGGAAACUGGUGAAGUGGUGAAUAAAAUAUGUAAUUUCUAUAGUUUUAUAAUUGGUAAAAGGCCUCCUCCUUUUAACAAAAUGAGGCUAAUUUUGACAGGAAUAGGAAUAAUGCGGCUGCGUUUCGAUAUAGAGAGAGCAGACUGGUUGAACUGGUUUAACUACUGGGUCUAUGACAGAUUUUAUUCCAGUUCUUCGCAUUAUUUGCUCUAGGCAAGGUGAAUUUUGGGUAAGACUAAUCUGUGGAAUUGCAGACCGCGGAACCGGCGGAACCUACAUAACCUGAAGAAAUGACUGUUUUAUUACAAUUGCCUUAGGUAAAGUGAUGAACUAAUUAGUUACAAUUGAUUAUAACAUUGAUAGACUGUUCACAGUCCCCUUUUUUCCGUAAGAUCGUUGAGAUAGAGCGCUCACUUUAAUUUCAGUGGCAGCCAUUUUGUAAAUGGAUUCAAUUGUACCGAGAGAGCGGGCCUCGGGGUUCCCAAACCGUCUUUCGCUCUUUAAGUGUAGUUCAAGCUAGAACCGGCCAAGACGGCAGCCUGUAGGGUUCGUUCUCGACGAUCUUGCGGAAAAGUAGAGGACUUUGAACAGUGUAUAACACAAUAAACAUUAAUCGAGAGCUUUGGUUCCGAACGGGAAGUCCACUUAGCGAAUUUCCGGCUUGUUCGUACGUAGCAAGGUAACGAGAAGUAUAGAUUUAAACAAAGUAGCACAAAGUUGGGAGAAUGAUGGAAUUUAAAUGUGGUUGUGAAAAAUAAAUGAUAUUGAGCGAAGAGUUGGGUGGUAUCCGACAACUAGAGGGAUACUACUGGGUGAGUCGUCGUAUUCUCAGGGUAAGGCUGAAUGGAACAGCUCGUUUAGUGUGUAAGGGGUGACAUGGUAAGCGUAAAAGGUAUUGAUGUUCGGCUGUAGGUUUAGUAUAAAGAACAAUUUCAGCGAUUGAUACCAUCAUUGAGGGACACCUUGACGUAGAGAAAGGAGAAAGAUUUGAAUGAACAGUUUGAAGAUAUAAAUUUAAUAGUGGACUGAAGUGUAUUUAGGUAAGAGAUGGAAUAAUAUAUACGUUUAUAGUGAGAAUGAAUUUGAGGAGGUCGCAAAGAUUCUUUGUGUGUGGUGGAUGUAGAGCGGUUACUAGAAGUGACUGCAUGCGCCAAUAAUACCUUCAUCGUUCUCUCGUCCUACUGUGUUUAAAUCUAUCCCUCUCAUUUCCUUCCGAAGACUACUAACAAGCCGGAGGUCCGCGAUUCGAGGACUUUCUGUUUCGGUACCAGAGCUCUCGAUCAGUGAUACUAAACCGAAAUCGACAACAGUUUUCAAUGGUCUCUGCUGUUAUCGAGAAAUGAGGUGAGAGAGAGGUGAGAAAUCGCUCAGUCAUUGUAAAAAUUAAUUGCCGCUAAUUAUUUUAUUCCUUUAGCCAAAGGCAGUUGUAAUAAAACAGUCAUGUGUCUUUAGGUUCCGUAGGUUCCGCCGCCUGUAGUUCGGCAGAUUAGUCUUACCUGUGAAUUUUCCCUCCCUAUCGUUUUCAAAAGCCUCUUUUGGGGUGUAACACAUUUAGCAAGCAAUAUAGGUACACGUCGACCUUUCAGAACUGGAUCAUGACAGCUGUCUUACACCACCAGGAGUGAUGUAAUUUGAAGCUGUAUUUUCUUUUAAGGUCACCAUAGACAACUCCGUGAAAAGGAGGACUACUGUCAUGACAGGACCAGAAUAUACUGCUUUACGGCAAUCUGUAAAGAUGAGUCAGAUGUACGGGUUAACUGGUAAGACUAAACAUGUUAUGCUUGUUAUUUCUUUUACUUUCGUUGUCGGUUUGACCUGAUAAGAUCAACAACCAACUGCAGUUCGGAUUCUUCAAUGUUAUUUAGAAAAAACAUUCAAGUCGGAAGGAAGUGAAAAGAGUCAGUGCUUACUUGUAUUUAGGAGUAAUUUGUUUAAAAUCAAUUUUUCUUUUUCAGAAGAUGACUGUGAGCAAAACAGCGAAGGAAGGCAGAUCGCUGAAAAUUUAACAGACACGCAUGCGUAGAACAGUGCUGACUGUACUGAAGUUCAGAGUUUGAAGGUGAGAUACGACGCUGCAUACCGUAUUUGUUCGAUUAAACAUCGCGGCGUUUAUCAAAUUGUUAGCGUUUCUGCUGUGUCGUUUAUUCGAGAGAGUCGUUUCUUUCAAAAUUACAAUUCUUAAAUCACUUGUAACAAUUAUGAUAAAUCUUUCUAAACAUUACGUAAAACAAAAAAGAUGUUAUAGUUCCAUAAUAGUGUUAAUGAUAUAUGAAAUAAAUCAUAUAUGAACUGCGAAAAUGAAAUGAAAUGAAGAAAUGAUCGUCGCAGUGAACGCAAUUUAUG